GGCGCGCGAGGGGCUGAGGCGGCGCCGGGGCGGGCGCGGAGCUGGCUGGAGGGUGGCGGAGGCGGUGCCGUAGGGGCCCGCUGAGGCGCGCGGGGGGUUGGCGGCGCCCGGAAGCCUGUCGCUUGCACGGUCCCUACGGUUCGCUGAGUCCGCGCGGGAGGCCCGACGGCGGGAGGCAGCAUGUCGGUAGCGGGGCUGAAGAAGCAGUUCUACAAGGCGAGCCAGCUGGUCAGUGAGAAGGUCGGAGGGGCUGAAGGGACCAAGCUGGACGAUGACUUCAAAGAGAUGGAGAAGAAGGUGGAUGUUACCAGCAAGGCUGUGACAGAAGUGUUGGCCAGAACCAUUGAGUAUCUGCAGCCCAACCCAGCCUCGCGGGCCAAGCUGACGAUGCUCAACACGGUGUCCAAGAUCCGAGGGCAGGUGAAGAACCCUGGCUACCCGCAGUCGGAGGGCCUGCUGGGCGAGUGCAUGAUCCGCCAUGGGAAGGAGCUGGGCGGCGAGUCCAACUUUGGCGACGCCCUGCUGGAUGCGGGGGAGUCUAUGAAGCGCCUGGCUGAGGUGAAGGACUCCCUGGACAUAGAGGUGAAACAGAACUUUAUCGAUCCCCUCCAGAACCUGUGCGACAAGGACCUGAAGGAGAUCCAGCACCACCUGAAGAAGCUGGAGGGCCGCCGCCUGGACUUUGACUACAAGAAGAAGCGGCAGGGCAAGAUCCCCGAUGAGGAGCUGCGCCAGGCCAUGGAGAAGUUUGAGGAGUCCAAGGAGGUGGCUGAGACCAGCAUGCACAACCUUCUGGAGACCGACAUCGAGCAGGUGAGCCAGCUCUCUGCCCUGGUGGAUGCCCAACUGGACUACCACCGGCAGGCCGUGCAGAUCCUGGACGAGCUGGCUGACAAGCUCAAGCGAAGGAUGCGGGAAGCCUCUUCACGCCCCAAGCGGGAGUAUAAGCCCAAGCCCCGGGAGCCCUUGGACCUCGGAGAGCCUGAGCAGUCCAACGGGGGCUUCCCCUGCGCCACGGCCCCCAAGAUCACAGCAGCUUCAUCAUCUUUCCGAUCUUCCGACAAGCCCACCCGGACCCCCAGCAGCAGGAGCAUGCCACCCCUGGACCAACCGAGCUGCAAGGCCCUGUAUGACUUUGAGCCUGAGAACGACGGGGAGCUGGGCUUCCACGAGGGUGACAUCAUCACGCUGACCAAUCAGAUCGACGAGAACUGGUAUGAGGGCAUGCUCCACGGCCAGUCGGGCUUCUUCCCCCUCAGCUACGUGGAGGUGCUGGUGCCGCUGCCCCAGUGACCGCGUCCCAGUGGUGUGUCGGCCCGCCGCCCCUCCAUCCAGAUCUCUGCAUUCCACAGGCCCCGCAGCUGGGCAGUGCUCACAGCCUGUGGGGUGGCCCGCUCUGGGCCUGACCCAGCCCCAGGGCAGCGGGGCCCCUGUUUACACUAGUGCCCACCCCCGGAGGUGGGGGCUCCCUUCCCCACUCCACGUGGCCGUCUUGGGGGCUGGGCAGUGUUCCUCCUCCCUGCUGCUCACAACUCUGCCCCCCCAGCUCCGCCCACCCCACCCCAGGAGGCUCACACUAAGGUGCUCUUAGAAACACUAACUCCUCCCACCCCUCCAGGGACUGGUAACUCCAGGUGGGCCCCCCUUCUCUCUCUGUCUCUCUGUCUCACACACACACACACACGCACGCACACGCACACGCAUCCUCUCCCACCUCCAUCCAGCUCCGCCCGGAGACCUGCCUUUAACAGGAAAGGACUGAACAUGAGUGUGAUGGGGUGGUCUGGGCAAGACCCCUGUCUGAGACUCGCCACCCUGCUUUUAAAUUCCCCCCGGACACUACCAGCCCCCUCCAGAGCUCCCUAGGCCCCUGAGUGCCUACAGAUGCCACCUUCCUGGAAGGGUUUCACCCCUUUCUUCUGGCUGGGGACUUGGGGAAAGGCGAGCCUGGGGUUCUUGAGCCAGGGCCCCUAAUGACAGGCCAUCUCCCCGCUGCAGGGCACUAAGCCCCAAACUUCCAUGCCCACCACCGCAUCCCAAGCCAAGCACAUGGAGCAUCUCUCUGGCAUAAGCUGCCAGCACGCACGUGCGUGUACACACACACACAAAAACCACAGGAGCCCAGCCUACACACAUACAUGCGACCACAGGAGCCCACACGACCACGGGAGCCCAGCCUCCACUAUGUGGAAGGUCAAGCACAAAGCCUUUGUUAAGUGAAUGUUCCCAGACCCCUGGCUGCUGGGACCCCUGGGGGAGUCACGGGCACCACCCUGGUGAGCCAGCCACCAUACCCUCUUUGGACAGUGGCCCAGGCCAUCUCCUCCAGACCAGCAGGGCCCCAGCCCUGCACCCACUUCCCCUCUUGCCUAAUCCAAAACUUGGCUAAACAGGGGACCACCGGCCUGGUUCACAUUCCCCUCCUCUGGUGACCCGGUAAAGCCCCCAAAGACACCAGGCCCUCCCUGCUCCUCUGAGAGGUCCCCGGUCACCAGUACCUGGAGGAGACAGACAUCCCAGCCUAGGGCAGAUCAAAAUGUAAUCCUGAUUUUUUUUAAAAAAGUAUUAAAUGUCUCUUUCUACA